UACAAUAAAAGAAAGCAAUAGGUGUAGAGUCUACUAGCGUCUAUUAGCRUAGGAACUAUUUCACAGUCCGAUGAAAAUCACUGUAGCUGAAAGCGUCCGAAUGUAGAUAAUAUAUAGGAAUCAGACGUGUUUUUUGUAACUUUCAUUUUUGAUACCGGAAUUGCUAAAUUCAAGAACAAAGACUUUCAGUCCGGCGUAUUAUGACGACAGGAUUCACACCCCACUUGUCUGUAAAAACACGACAGUGCGCUACUGCGGAAAAUUACAUAGUGACAGGUAGAGAAUAAAAAAAACCGGCGUAAAUUGUCAUUCAAAAAUGAUUACAGUCUCACAGACGACAUGACAUAGAAAGCAUGACAUAGUAUUCAAAUGCUCGACUUCUGUAGGUCUCAAUGGAUCGAACAAAAGGCUGCUGUCGCCAGACAUAUUUGGCUUCGACUAACAGGAGGACCGAGUUUAUCGGGAAAGCUUGAAUGAAAAUAUUUUGGUUUUUCAUUGCUGUGAUUGACUGCUGGUCAGUAUGAGAAAUGUAAACUGGAAUGCGCAAUCUUUCUCGCAAGACUGACAUGUACCUGCAUAAUGCCGUCUAGUCUUUGUACUUGCAUAUUGCCACUUAGUCUUUCUACCUGCAUAUUGCCAUCUAGUCUUAGUACUUGCAUAUUGCCAUUUAGUCUUUCUACCUGCAUAUUGCCAUCUAGUCUUUCUGCCUGCAUAUUGCCAUCUAGUCUUUCUGCCUGCAUAUUGCCGCCUAGUCUUUCUACUUGCAUAUUGCCAUCUAGUCUUUCUACUUGCAUAUUGCCAUCUAGUCUUAGUACUUGCAUAUUGCCAUCUAGUCUUUCUGCCUGCAUAUUGCCACUGACAUGUACCUGCAUAAUGCCGUCUAGUCUUUCUACCUGCAUAUUGCCGUCUAGUCUUUGUACUUGCAUAUUGCCAUUUUAGUCUUUCUACCUGCAUAUUGCCAUCUAGUCUUUCUGUCUGCAUAUUGCCGCCUAGUCUUUCUACCUGCAUAUUGCCUUCAGUUGUCUUUCUACCUGCAUAUUUGUCUUGACGCAGUUAUAACUCUGCUUCAUGUGACUUGUGCAAGCUUGUGCAGACUGCAGACAAAAUAUGACCGAACAGAUCCAUAUUUGCAGAUGUACCCGAGGWUGAGUWAACGGAACCAAUUUGAAUUAUCAGCUAGUUCAUUYGAGCGGUCAGCGUYGGGACAAAGUGUUCGUUAUAAUAAAAGACUGAAAGACGACUUCAACUGCUGCUGAAGUGUGRCUGCAGUACAAACUUUUUUCUUAUUGAGCGGAUGUUUCAUUUUCAAAUCGAAAGGGAAGCGGAACAGUUUAGUCGUUUAGUUGUAAAUAWAAAGUGUAUAAAAGRUCACUGCAGUACCACUAAAAGACAAGGCCUCGUAGAGYUAGCGUUAACUUGUUGUGGUGUUCUCUCACAAAAAUAUGAAUCUCGCUCUGGCAUUGCUGUUUUUUGUUGCCUUCGUUUCCAUCUCCGCAGGACGUUUCAUCGCUGAUGAAGGCGACACCGAGGAAGGAAUCGCACCAGAAAAAGAUAUCGUGAAGAGGAGCAAAUUUUUCUGUAAUGGAAAAUGGUUUUGUCCCGUAAAGAAAAUAUGCAAGCUGCGAUGCUGCAAAGGAUUUUAUGCUAGCUGCACGAAGUAUUGCCAGAAAUGCUAUGAAGUCAGAGACAAGACAAAGCCAUGUUACUGCGAUAAAAAUCCAAUCGUGAAAAAAUAAGAAAGCAAUAAAUUUUGCCAGUUAUAAAUCUCACAUGUAAACAUAAAAAUCCUUUAUCUUUUUUUGCGUUAAUUUUUGUUGUACUACAAAUUAUUACAUUAUGAAACAUAGAAUAAACAAUUGUAGAUAUUUAGGGACUAUAAGUUGUCAUAAAAUUGCUAACGGCAGAAUGAUCUCUCCCUCCCUGUGCUCUGCUCUGGCUGCAACGCGGGAGACAAUUUUCAUUAAAAACUUUUCACGCAAUGGCCUGUCAACUGUACUGUAUAAUUAAUCAAAACAAUAAAAGCGCAGUGAACUGCGAGUYCUAAAUAGUGCAA